CCGCCCCUGGUCCCUUGGGUCCAGGGUUGGCUGGCUGCAAUAAGCUAUGGGAUCUGCUUUCUCAUUGAUUCCAAUAUAUGAACUGACAAAUUUGAGGGUACUUCUGCUAAUUCAAUAAUUCCCAAAAUUCAACUGAUGUUGGGAUUAACCUAAUCAUAAUCAUUACUUAUGCACAUGUCAAUUUUUCUCUUCCAACAAACAAUUUGUUGAAUAUAAAUACACCAGUGCCAAAGUGUUACCUUCAAAUUGAGGAAGAACAUGGAAAACCCAAUUCCACCAUCUAAUAAAAAAUUGCACGGUAAAAUCGCCAUCAUCACUGGAGGAGCAAGCGGAAUCGGCGAAGCCACAGCACAUCUCUUUGCUCAACAUGGAGCUCAGGUAGUAAUUGCUGACAUCCAAGAAGAAAAGGGUCGAUCAGUUGCAGAAUCCAUCGGGUCCACUCACUGCACUUUCAUCAAAUGUGACGUCACAGAUGAGCAGCAGGUCCAAUCCUUGGUAAAAUCAACGGUGGAGAUUCACGGUCGGGUCGAUAUCAUGUUCAGCAACGCCGGAAUUGCCAGCACCGACGGGCACGAACAAGAUAUUCUAGGGUUCAAUCUAAAUGUUUUCGACAACCUAUUCGCAAUCAACGUUCGUGGUUCUGUAGCUUGCGUGAAGCACGCGGCGAAGGCCAUGGUGGAGGGUGGGGUAAAAGGAAAAAUAAUAUGCACUGCGAGCACGGUGGCCACGAUGGGGGUAACCAGGCAAAUUGAUUACGCAAUGUCGAAACACGCAGUACUAGGAUUGGUGAGGUCUGCAAGUAAAGGACUGGGUAAGUAUGGUAUACGAGUGAACUGUGUUUCUCCAGCAGCAGUGGCAACACCAUUGUUAGAGAAAUCGAUGAAGAUGGGUGUAGAGGAGCUAGAGAAAAUGUUUGAAUCCUUCAAUUGCUUGAAAAUUGGAGCUCUAAGGGCUUCUCAUGUAGCUGAUGCUGCCUUGUUUUUAGCGUCAGAUGACUCUCAGUUUAUCACCGGCCAUAAUUUGGUCGUCGAUGGAGGUUUUCAUCCUCCUAUCUGAUUGUUCUUCGGGCUUCGGCUUGGGCUCUAUUGGGGAGUUUCAUAUCCAGUUAGCUUCGGGCUUAGGUUUGGUUUUCUUUCCAGUGAAUUAUGGGCUUUGAUUUCCUCAUGUAUCUUUGUUGAAUCAUGGGCUUGGGUUUGAAAAUUUGUUUAUAUUCCAAAAUAAGGCCUCAGCUCAUUUAUUUAGAUCUGCA